AUGAGUGCGGCAAACGAAGAGAGCAAGCUUGAGGACGAGACAGCCGAAUAUUUCGCUCUUCGGCACUUUGAGAACGACGAAGGCGCAUCUCUUACGCCGGAAAACGACAACGCGGAUGCAGUUUCGCCCAGGACUUGGACCAGCUUAAAGCCGGACUCACCCUCUGACGACUUACAUCAAAAGAUUCCAUCUUGUGCCGUUGUCGAGACCCCGUCACCCAUCUCUGUGGAAGUUGUUUCUCCUUGCCCGUCCCCUCACACAUCCUGCAAGAACUUCUUGACGGCUACGGUGGAAACCGAUUGCUGGGAGGAAGAGGAGACUGAUGAUCACUACUGUGCUUACACGCCUCCAUCAUCUUUCUGUGUAACCACGCCACCUGUCCACGAGAAUCCUCAAAGCCCGCCAGCAUCGGUCAAGCACGGCAAGUCUCUCAAAUCAGAGACUAAUAUACGAGGCGAAAGAAGCGAAUCUUGUUACGGCCAAAUCAAUCCAUCCGUUCCACCUGCACAAAAGAAUCCUCAGCAGAAUACAUUCAGACGUCGACCAAGCGUCAUGGAUUAUUUGGUGUCACAAGAUGCAACCAGAUACUCUUUGCCUGUUCCCGAGGGAAUCAACUCGGCGUCUCACAGAAUGGCGGAGGGGCGUGCCUUGCCCGGCCAGGAGCGUGGCCCCAGACUUGGUAGAGUUGGAGGUGGCGGCAUGUCCAACGUCUUUGUCGGUUAUCAAGGCGAUGAUAAAAGGCCUCCAGAAGAAUGGGCAACUCAACAACCUUAUUCUCGCCUCUCUGACAAUGCUCAGGGCGGUCAUAUUGACCAUGGCUUGGAAGGCCCCUCGUACUGGCCAGGCCACAUGCAACCCUGGGAUCACAAUCAGCCACACGCUCCGUCUUCCAACGUGAGCGUGAGCAUGAGCGCGGCUCAGAGUGAUGUCCAUUCGGAAGUAUAUGCGGAAGCAUUCCAUCCUGAACACACUCACCGCUUGGAUAGCACAGCCCCUAGCGGAUACCAGCUUCUAGCAGCAAAGCUGUCCGGUGACGGUGGUGGUCAGCCCAUCACACCGAUAUAUCGUCGUUUCGAUGCUCUCACUCACCGUCUGCUGUUGUAUAUGCAGGAUGAGAUUGCAGACUUGGAGCGCCAACUCGUCGCUCUCGAGGCAAAGGACACGGUCAAGAGAAGCUACUCUGGAGGCAUUAUACCAGCUUCCCGUCGUCAGGAUCGCUGGAUAAAUGGCAGCCUGUCGGACCAAAAAACCGAGAUUCUGGGUCUCAUCGGCUACAAGCUGAGCCAAUACAACCAGGUUCUCGCAUCGUUCUGUAAAGUUCAAGACAUUCCGGUACCCACGUGGCGGGACAUCCACACGUACAAAACCUAUCUCACCACCAGCAACCUGAUUGUAGAUGACGAGACACGCUUUCUCGAUGCCUCGAACGAUCUGAUGGUGCUGGCGAGCAAAAGCCAGUCAGUCCACGACUUUGAUGCUGCGGGAGACGGACCGACGCCAAUGCCGCGGGCGGUUGAGGACCAGCAGUUCCCUACCAUGUUCAAGGACAACGGCAGCCAGCCAUCUACACGGGCCGAACAAGCUUCAUCGUCAUCAAGACCGAAUGAUGAAAUGCUCGUGCGACUCGCAUGUGCCGGGGUUUGCAUCGUAUUCGUGCCCAUCAUGACCUUUGCCGUGAUUCCUAGUUUUCUGGGCCGCAUGGCCGUCGUACUUCUUGUUGCGCUUGGCGUCGGUGUGGUAAUGGAGCAGUCCGGCGUGAUGCUGGAUGCGCAGCGGCGCAAACCGGAUUGGAUUUUGUAUUUGGGGCUGUACUUUGGGGCAAUGGCCGUAGUGGCUGGGGCUGUGAAGUAA